CCUCAACUAUCGAUAUCUGUGUGUAUUGUUUCUAGUUUCAUCCCUAAACUCGUAGGUUCGCGCGCUUUUAGUAAAAAAUGAAUGCCAUCAAACACAUUAGUCGCGUAGUAAAAUCGUUUUGAGAGAACUGUAGUAGUGUAUUAAAUUUUCAAUAAUAUAUAUUGCUUCAAUUAACAAACAACACAAUGGACAUCGACAAAGAUGUAGGUCAGGCGUAUCACACGGUGCAGUUGUCGACGAAAGAAAUGCUGAAAACCAGCCGACGUCAACAUUAUUGCAAUAUGAUAGACCUGCUGGCCAGCAGCUGCAAAGCCUGUGGCCUGAUAAACACCUCGUUUACCAACGAGGAACUGGUGCAGUUCUGGCUUGGAGACAUAUUACCCCUGAUGUUUGACUCAGACCGCAACAUACAGAACUGUGCGGUGGCUGCAAUGGCCGAGGCACUCGUUGCCCUGGACGUGUCUGUUAUACAUGAGGCCAAAUGCUGGCCCCAGAUACGUAGCGAAUUCGUGAACAACUAUACGACACUAAUUGGCGAGAUGCGCGAUGCGAAGAAUAACAAUUGGCACAAAAUCUGGACGCUGUUGGUGCAGAUCAUGGAUAACGAUCUGCUGCGUGGCUGCACUUACAUCAACAAAUUUCUGGCUAUAGUCGAACUGGGCUUUCGCAACCCGGACAAUGGCAUUCGCUCUGAGGCUUUUCUCUGCUGGCGCGUGCUCAUCAAGGUCUUUGCCGCCUACAAUGAGCUGGGAGCGGGCAAGCGUUUACGCUUGCUCCUGAUACCACUGCGGACCUCUCAGUCCCGUUCGCCUCAUGUGAGCAGCAUUAAGGUGCGUGUGUGGUGGUAUCUGCUCAGUUGCCUGGACGCCGAGCUGCCCAAAACCUUUGAGAAUGCAGUUGAGUUUUUUCUGAGCUUCCUUUUUGGCGGAGGUUCGCGUGGAAGCUCAACAGGCUUGGCGCACACCUAUCAGACUGCGAGGGAGCUGGCGGUGCCUUGCCUGGUCGCUUUGUGGAACAUGGAAACCGGUUCCGAGAUGCUUAAGUGUUGUUUGCGCAACAUGCGCCUCGAGGAGAUUAGUCAGCCGUCGCCUCUAAUGAACGCGGAAGUGAUGCAGCAGCACUGGCAACCCAUGCUAGCAGCCGCAGUGGCCGGCAUGAAAAUGAUGAGCGAAAGCAAAGACAACAGCUCGGAGACGGAGCAAGAGCUGCUACAUUUGCUGCUGCGCAAUGUAACGUUAGCUAUGUUCCAGUUGCGUGUGGCGCCCUUCACAGUCGCCUGCUGCGCGGAGCUGGAGAAGACGCUGUCAGAGGAUGGCAGCAUUCUCCGCUCCGUUUUCAAUGCCUGCGCCAGCAUAGUAAUGCCACAGCAGCGUGCCGACUCCCAGGAAGUGCUGGAGGCCUUCAUGAAACUCUGCCUCAAGGCACGCGCCGAGGUGCCAGCGGCCAUAAUGCAGCGCUGCAUCUCGUUGAUCUACGCGCCGGAGCAGCUGGAGGCCCGCAACAGCAUCGAAUUCCGCCAGCUGACCGGCUUUGCGGUGGUGCUCAUGCAAAACAAUGAUGACGAGGACUACGAGGCUUUUGGCAUCAAGCUGCAGAUGUGGCGCCAGGUAUCUGGAGCACUGCUCAAUUACCUGCGCGACAAUGCACUGGAAUACCGUGUGGCCCACAAUGCGGCUCUAGUGGACAGAUGGAUUCUGUGGCCUCUGCAGACGAGCGCCAGCUUUGCUGGAAGACGCGCCAGCAGCUACUUCGAUGGCGUCUUCUGCGAGCAGUGGCGCCAGCUCAUCAACGCUGGCCAGAAUGGAAGUGGACGCAAGAAUUUUGUAGUGGAGCUGAAGGCCACGCUGCUGGAGCUGCUGAAGAAUGGCAGCAAAGAGGAGCCGCAUUUCGCAGAGCUGUUUGAUAUCUAUGUCGGUGCAGUGCUUAAGCUGGGCAUCUGCAAGGAUCCGCCGCUCUAUAAGGAUGUCUUUGCCCUAAUCCAGGCAGUCUUUGAGCGUUCAGCGCUGACGCAGUCACUGCUCGAGGGCUGCCUGAAUACACUACGAAAUGUCAUCCUGGAACUGCGCCAGAACGAGCUAAUGGUCGUGUUUGAUGCACUGAAACCCGUUUUAACAGCAGCACUUCAAUGCUGGAACAAGAACAAGUUCGACGGCAGCUUUCUCAACGAGUGGAAGCGGGCCAUACAGGAGAGGUUCCGGAAGCUGCCCAUGAAGACCAUGGCCCAGCAGCUAAAGGACCUGUUCAAGGGCGAUGAUCUGUUCGUUAUCAUACCCUCCGUGUGGAGCCUGAAUCCGGACAAGCUCACAGAUCGUCAAAAGGAGCGCUUUGCCGAGAAAUCGGACAUACCAGCUCUGUACAAUGAUAUGAGCCAGUCGCAGGACUCCUCCAUCAAGCCCUGGACACCCAAGAAGGUGGUCAUUGCCAAGGGCAAACAAUCCGAGAUCUCCAUUGUUAGCGAUCGCAAUGCAGAGCAGCCAAACAGUGAUGAGAUUGUGACCAUUGAUGACUCGCCAUCAGAAGACCUGUCCAAUCCAGUUGUGACCACGCCUGCGCGCCGACGUCAGUUGGGCGACGCAGCCAACAACGAGUCCGGCAAUGCCAAUACGGACAAAUACAAUUUCCGCAAACCACGCGGCCAAGUCGAAGAGGAACCCAAAACAGUUUCUCCAACAGCUUCUAGCGAAAAUACACCUGGGCGUCUGACGCGCAAGCGGUCCGCGUUAAAGGAUAACAAUGGCGAACAGCCGACCACGCCUACGGAACGACUGCGUUCGCCCAGGAAGCAAUCAGCGAACCCUCCUCAAGUAACUACGGCUACAACAACAACCACAACAACAGCAGCAGCUGCAGCAGCUGUCAGCAAGAAGGGCAAACUCACCCCAAUGCAGAGCGAGGAUCUGUUUUCCGAUUUUGUAACCCCUACACUGCCUGCACAGGUGCUGCCGGAGUUGACGAAAAAACCCGCAAGUGUGCUGGAAACGCUACUUACUUCUUCUUCAUCCGAACAUGCUGUGGAAUCGGUGGCCAGCACACAGUUGCCAUCGGAGCAGAUGGAAACGAAUGCAGAGACCUCGCCAAAGAAGCCAAAUGCGCGACUCUGCAAUUUGAACUCGCCGCCGGAUCGCAAGCAGACAAACAAUUCGACCAGUCCCACGCUGCGCCCCAAGCCGUCGGCUCAUUUGACGGGGCGCGGGGCGCAGUUGAUCAACAUGAUACGAAAUAAGAAACUGGAUGCUGGCACAGCCUAUCCAUUAGGCGGUUCAUCGACAGGACGCAGCCAUGCGACGCCCGUUCGUCAUGUUGAGCGCUCCGAACAGGUGUCGACGCCCACCUGCGAGCUGAACGAACUAGCUGCCGCGGAGCACACGUCCACGCCGAUAGAGCAAGUGGCGAAGGAUUUGCUAAUAUUUUCCAAGCGUCUGCCCUCGCCUUCGGCCAGUCCCUCGGCCUCAAUACUUAAACGGAAGCUGCGCUGCGAGAGCAUUGACGAUUUUGAAUCGCCGGCGCAGAAGCGUAAGCGUGUGAGCUUCCACGAUCCGCCCGUAUCUAUAACGAAAGAGUAUCUGCGCGAUGUGGAGGAGUCUCGCAGCAGCAAGCCAAAGCGUGUCCUUAUGCUCGACAAGGUAGCCCAGAACCCAGAGUUGCGGCACGCAUUGAAACGGCGUGGACGGCUGGACAGCAUCAUCGAAAUCGAAAGGUUUGCUAAUGAGCAGACAGCCCGGAGUGCAGCAUUGGACAAGUCAUCCUGCGAUGCCACGGAGGAUGAGCCUUUCGAUUCGCUCAAAUGGAACGACACAACGGCAGCCGAGAAGGAAGUGCAGAAGGAUCAUUCACAGACUGCAGCAGCGACAGCUCCACAAGAUCUGGCCAUACUGGACGUAGAGUCCGCCUUGGACCUGGCUGUGGAGCAAUGCUCGCUAGACGAAGUGCUAGAGCGUUUCAUGGCCAAGUCGAAUAGCUCUCCGCUGAAAAGCGCGCUUACCUUGGCCAAAUUUCUAUCGAAUCAGAUGAAGGGCAAUGAUAAGCUGAAGACCAGUGUGCUGGAAACGCUCUCCGAGAAUCAUUCCAAAGACUUCCUGGACCAUGCGGUGCGCGAGAAUCUGUCCUCGGUAGUGUGCGAUCGCCUCAAUCCGAACUCUGUGCUGGAGUACAUAUGCGCCAAGUCGAAGAUCAACAACAGCUGCCGCAGCAAUCUGUUGGCUCAGGUGCCCACGAUGGUACGCCAGGAGGCGGAGCGUACCGCUCUGAUACAACAGCUACUGCAGCAAAGCAGCUUCACCGACGACCAGUUGCUCGAUCUCAUUGGCCAGCUGAUGCAGAUGCGCAGCAAUCGUGGCAGCUGCAACUCAGGCAGCGCCAGCAUCGAUGACAACGUGGCCGAAACUGCGGCCGACUCGUCCUCCAAUCUAUAAUAUCAAGUAUUUUUUAUACAACUAUUUAGCGGCCAUUAUCAACGAAUCGCUCAUUCAACCUGAUCAAUGCAGUCGCCUCAGUUACAUAUAUUUUUUUUUUUUUUUUGUAGUUUUUAACGCUGUUUAUGCCAAAUGCUUUUAUCGAUUAGUUAGAAAUGCUUUUCUAUGUGGCAUUUGUAGAUUGCUUACCCAAAAUUCACAAUGCUCGCGUAUGGU